GAGCUAUUAAAGGACAAAGAACUUUUACAUAGAUAUGGUUCUGAGAAAUUUGACAUAUCUCCACCAGAGAAGAAGAAGAAAAGAAAAGAAAGAGAAAAAAGUAGAAGAGAAGAAAAACCUGAACCAGUUCCAGAGAAAAAGAAAUUUGACAUGUAA